UUGUAUUUGAAAACGUCACUCAAAUUUUCUUCCAUGGAUGUUGUAAUUCAACAAACAAAAACUGUGCUUUGUUAUGUGUUAAAAAUAUACAAAAUCGUAUUUUAUUUAAGUUAGUGAUUAAGUAAAAUGGCCGAUUUUGAUGCAAUUUACCCGGAUGAGACUGAAAGUGAGGAGAAUAUAGAGGAGACUCAUGUGACAUUAGUGCCUGAUCCUAUAGUCGUACGGGGAGCUGGUAACAUGACAGUUUUUGGUUUAAGUAAUCGAUUCAAUGGCGAGUUCCCAUCGGGCCUGCAGUCCCGUGUGGCCCCCGAGGAGUACCAGGCAACAGUGGCACGCAUCAACAGCGUACUGAAGAAAACACUGCCAGUUAAUGUUAAGUGGCUGUUCUGCGGCUGUGUCUGUUGUUGCUGUACUCUUGGAUGCUCUCUUUGGCCAGUCAUAUGUCUUAGUAAAAGGACACAACAUUCGCUGAACAAGCUGUUGGAGUGGGAGAACAGCCGGCUCUACAACAAGCUGGGGCUGCGCUGGCGGCUCACCAAGCAACACUGCGACUCCUCCUCCAUGAUGGAGUAUGUGCUGCUCAUCGAAUUCAUCCCUAGAAUACCUAUCUAUAGGCCCGACUAGAAUAUUUUCUUGUUCCUUGUAAAUACCAUAACCUAUAAGUCAUUUUCAUCAAUCGAUAACUCACUUCUUAGCAAAUCGAACAUUGAAUUUUAAAUUCGCAUGGCCAAGCCGACGAAUGUGUUAGCUGCUGUGCUAUUAUCAUAUUAGCCAACUGCUUAGAGGGAAGUUGCAUAUGUCUAAAAUAUUAACUUUUUAACGGUUUGUGCUAUAUCAAUAGAAAGUUUGACAGUAGAAUGCUUGUGGCGUUCAGUCUCGGAAACUGACCUUAUUUGGUGUAAUCGUGUCCUUACCUAAUGCUAGAAUCUUUCCGUGUUAAAUGA